AGGAUACCUACCUUGGAUACAUAAUUCCUACAUUAUGUAUACUUAUUUUAAGCCUGGACUGAUAUCAUGAUGAAUAAUGGUCUGGAUUCUCUGUUUUUCUCCAGUAGGGAAACCCAUGGGAGAACGGAUCAGUUUUUGCAGACAUCAAGCUAUGACAUAUAAAAAUCUUGAUAGUGAAACUUUUGAAUUAUACUGAUGAUAUUACUCAAGGAUUGUCCCAGAAAUGGACACUCCAUUUCUAAGCCAGAUGUGGUUGACUUAUUGGAGCAAGGAAAAGAGCCCUGGAUGAUUUUGAGGGAAGAAACACAAAGACAGUACACAGAUUUGGAUUUACAUUGUGAGGUAAUCAGCUAUGUAGAAAUGCCCACUUAUGAAAAAGAUGUAUCUUCUACACAACAUCAGAGCAUAUAUAACAGAGAGAAACUCUAUGAAUGUAAGAAAUGUCAGAAGAAAUUUAGUAGUGGUUAUCAAUUUAUUCUACAUCACAGGUUUCAUAUUGGCAAAAGACCCUAUGAAUGCAAAGAAUGUGGGAAGAACUUUCAUAGUGGCUAUCAACUUACCCUACAUCAAAGAUUUCAUACUGGCGAGAAACCCUAUCAAUGUUCAGAAUGCAGGAAGAACUUUAAAAGCAGUUAUCAACUUACUGUACAUCAGAGAUUUCAUACUGGUGAGAAAACCUAUCAAUGUAGGGAAUGUGGGAAGGCCUUUAGUCAAGGUGGACACCUUAGAAUUCAUCAAAGAAUUCAUACUGGUGAGAAGCCCUAUAAAUGUCAGGAGUGUGGGAAGGCUUUUAGUAGGCGCUCAAACCUUGUUGAACAUGGGCAAAUCCAUACUGAUGAGAAACCUUAUGUAUGUGAGAAAUGUGGAAAGGCCUUUAAAAGAGGUCAUCAACUUAUUGUACACCAGAGUGUUCAUACUGGUAAAAAACCAUAUGAAUGUAAAGAAUGUGGAAAGGGCUAUACCACUGCCUCAUAUCUUAUUGUACAUCAGAGAAUUCAUAAAGGUGGGAAACCAUAUGAAUGUAAGGAAUGUAAGAAAACCUUUACCUUGUAUAGAAAUCUUACUCGACAUCAGUGUAUUCACACUGGCGAGAAACUUUUUGAAUGUAGGCAGUGUGGGAAGGCCUAUACUACUGGCUCAAAACUUUUUCAACAUCAGAAAACUCACACAGGUGAGAAGCCUUAUGAAUGUAAGGAAUGUGGAAAAGCCUUUAGCUUAUAUGGAUACCUUCAUCAACAUGAGAAAAUUCAUACUGGUGUGAAACACUUUGAAUGUAAGGAAUGUAAAAAAACCUUUACUUUGUAUAGAAAUCUUAUUCGACAUCAGAGUAUUCAUACUGGUAAGAAACUUUUUGAAUGUCAGGAAUGUGGGAAGGCCUAUAGUACUGGCUCAAACCUUGUUCAACAUCAGAAAACUCAUACUGGUGAGAAACCCUAUGAAUGUAAAGAGUGUGGAAAGACCUUUAGUUUGCAUGGGUAUCAACAUCAAAAAAUUCAUACUGGUGUGAAACCCUAUGAGUGUAAAAUAUGUAGGAAAACCUUUACUUUCUAUAGAAAUCUAACUCUACACCAGAGUAUUCAUACUGAUGAGAAACCUUUUAGCUGUAAGGAAUGUGGGAAAACCUUUAGACGUAGUUCACACCUUACUGCACAUUAGAGUAUCCAUGCUGAUAAGAAACCCUAUGAAUGUACGGAAUGUGGGAAAUCCUUUAAAAUGUAUGGAUACCUUACACAACAUCAGAAAACUCAUACUGGUGGGAAACCCUAUGAUUGUAAGGAAUGUGGGAAGACCUUUAGUCGUGCUUUAAACCUUGUUCAACAUGGGAGAAUUCAUACUGGUGAAAAACCCUACGUGUGUAAGAAGUGUGGAAAAGCCUUCAGAUAUGGUUCAGCCCUUAAAGCACGUCAGAAAAUUCAUACUACAGAGAAACCCUAUGAAUGUGACAAAUGUGGGAAGGCCUUUAGUCGACAUACAGACCUUAUAGUACAUCAGAGAAUUCAUACUGGUGAGAAACCCUAUGAAUGUGAGCAGUGUGGAAAGUCCUUUAAUCGUGCAUCCAACCUUCUGCAACAUCAGAGAAUUCAUACUGGUGAAAAACCUUAUAAAUGUGAGCAAUGUGGAAUGACGUCUAGUCGUAGGAUGGACCUUAGAGUUCAUCAGAGAAUUCACACUGGUGAGAAACCCUAUGAAUGUGAACAAUGUGGGAAAGCCUUUAGUCGUGCCUCACAUCUUACUCAACAUGGGAGAGUUCAUACUGGUGAGAAAGCCUAUGUAUGUAAUGAAUGUGGGAAGGCCUUUAGUCAGGGUGGAAGACUUAGAAUACAUCAGAGAAUUCAUACUGGUGAGAAACCCUAUGAAUGUAAGGAAUGUGGGAAGGCUUUUAAUCAAGCCUCUCAUCUUGUGCAACAUGACAGAAUUCAUACUGGUGAAAAACCCUAUGAGUGCCAUGAGUGUGGGAUGACCUUUAGUCGUGGUAUAGAUCUAAGAGUACAUCAUAGAAUUCAUACUGGUGAGAAACCAUAUGAAUGUAAGGAAUGUGGGAAGGCCUUUAGUCGUGCCUCAAAUCUUGUUCAACAUGAGAGAAUUCAUACUGGGGAGAAGCCCUAUGAGUGUAAGGAAUGUGGGAUGACAUUUAGUCGUGGUUAUCAGCUCAUUCCACAUCAGAGAGUGCAUAUUGGUAUAAAACCCUAUGAAUGUAAUGAAUGUGGGAAGGCCUUUAGUCAUGCUUCAGCACUUAUUCAACAUGAGAGAAUUCAUACUGGUGAGAAACCCUAUAAAUGUAAAGAAUGUGGGAAAGCCUUUAUUCAUGGUGGAAGCCUAAGAAUGCAUCAUAGAAUUCAUACUGGUGAGAAACCCUAUGAAUGUAAAGAAUGUGGGAAGGCUUUUAGUCGCACCUCAAACCUUGUUAGACAUGAGAGAAUUCAUACAGGUAAGAAACCAUAUGAAUGUAAGGAAUGUUGGAAGGCCUUUAGUCAUAUUGAAAGCCUCAGAGUACAUCAUAGAAUUCAUACUGGUGAGAAGCCCCAUGAAUGUAAAGAGUGUGGGAAGGCUUUUAGUAGUGGCCAUCAACUAAUUGUACAUCAGAGAUUUCAUACUGGUGAGAAACCCUAUGAAUGUAAGGAAUGUGGGAAGGCUUUUAGUGUGUAUGGGCGACUUACUAGACACCAGAGUAUUCACAGUGGUGAGAAACCUUUUGAAUGUAACACAUGUGAGAAGUCCUUUAGGCUUAGGUCAAGUCUUAAAGUACAUCAGAGAAUUCAUACUGGAGAGAAGGCUUAUGAAUAUAAGGACUGUGGAAAGGCAUAUAUAUGCAGUAGAGAAUGUAUAGUACAUAAGUGAUUUAUAAUAGUGAGAAACAGUGUGAAUGAAAGGAAUAUGGGAAUACUUUUAGGUAUGGUUCAGUUUUUAUAAGGCAUUAAGCAAUUUAUACUGGUGAGAACUCAAAAUGUAAAUAAUGUUUGGAAUUUUUGUUAUGACUCAAAUGUUCAGAUUAAUAUAUAAUGUAUUUUUAUAUAACAGGGAAGACUUUACUAGCAUUUCUCUAUUUGCAGAUUAUCAGAAUAUUCAUCUUGGAGGAAAAUUCAGAGAAUGUGGAUAUUCCCUUGUUUUUUAUGCUUUAUUUAUAAAAGCUCUCCAGCCCUCAUCAAUUAUUGUUAAAUUUGAGGAAAC